AUGCCACGAACAUUUCCUGAGGGACCAUCUAUCUUUGGAUCAGACAUGACCGGAGCAUGGUCUGGUGGUAUUGUAUACGAGUGGUCGCAGGAGAGAGACAGUUAUGGCCUGAUCCAAGUCGAUCCCGACAACACCCUUGCCAGGCUACAACAGUCUGAAAAACACCAAUACGCCCACUUGGGAAGCCAACUCAGCAUUGCCAUCGACACCCUCCGCAGCGGUGUGCGACUGCAUGGUUCGUCCUUGAGCUGCGUUGCUUUGAAAUUCAAUGGUAACGCCAAGUUCACAGUAGCCGCCAGAUCCUCGGACGAUAUGACUGGAUCGAGUAUCCAAGCGGUCCUUGUCCUCUAUGCCUGUCCUGUUCAGUGGGGCCCCUGA